AUGACGACGUCUGAUUUCUCCAACUAUGACCUUGCUGUCGAAAAACUUGAUUCAGUGAUUCAGUUUUCCACAAAAUAUUCAUCCAAAAAUGAAAGAAUCAUAUAUGACACAGUUCUAAUAGAUGAUCCAUUCAAGAAAAGAGAGGUACAGAAGCAUGUCCCAGAAAGGAAUAGAGGUCAAAUCAUAGAGUUGAUCCAUGGUUUUGAACACUCGCUAGAGAGAGUUAGCAAUUCAAGAUACAUAUCCAAGGAGACAAUACUUCAUAACUACAAGAGUAUAAUCAAUGAAGCCAUUGAAACCGCAAUGGAUAAAGAAGAUCGCAAGAGUACGGAAGAAUUAGACUCUGACUUAUCUGGGCAGAGUUCGGAUCCAACCCAGGCAAACGAUGGUGACAUAGGCGUUGCUAAUGGAUCUAAAAAGUCGUUGGUCCCACGUAAUCAAAAGAAGGAACAUAAAGCACAAAAUUCAAAGACAGAUGAGAAUUCUAAAAAUAAGAAAAGGACAUCAAUUUCCAAGGAUGCUAAGGCUUUUCUGGAGAACGUUUUCAGCUCAAAAAGAACUCCUAAUAGUAAAGAAAGAAAAAUUAUAGCUGAGAAGUGUGGGUUAACGCCUGUUCAAGUUCGUGUUUGGUUUACAAAUAAGCGCAUGAGAUCAAAAUAA